CGCCCCAAGUCACGUCCAGUCGCACGCCAGUCGUGCCAGCAAGAGUCCGGCCGUACCCCGUGCUGCUCAGCAAGGCUUGCAGCAGCCAUGCCACGCCCAGUCCCAGCAGCGGCCGCACCCGUAGCCUUAGCAGGCCCGUUGGCCGAGCCAGCGGCCGACCGCCCGGCCACAGCAGGCUGGUGACCGGGAAAUCAAGAAUACCCAUAGUCGUGCCCAGAACACUGAAGGAAGGACCAGAAAAACAGACUGAAGAGCUGCCCAGCAUUUCUCGCGACUCGCGAGUCAAAGUCGCGACUCGCGAGAUGGUCGCGACUCGUGAGAAGUUCACGACUCGCGAGUUCAACAGAGCCGAUUCAAGAUUCUCGCGAGAUGAGUCACGACUCGCGAGUCUAUGUCGCGACUCGCAAGAUGAUGUCGCGACUCGUGAGACUUGGCGCGAUUUACCCCAGAUUUUAAAUAUUUUCGAAGACGCGCGACUCGCGAGAUUCGCUCAGUUCCGCGACUAUCACGCAGAGAGGUUUUCAGGUCAGGGCGACCCCCGUAUCGUCGAUGAAUGGAUUCAGGGGUUGGAGUUUAUCUUCGAAGUUAUGGAAUGCCCUGAUAGAUAUCGCGUAGUUUGCGCUCAACUUCAGCUCACUGGUGACGCGAGGCUCUGGUGGAACGCCUACUGGAGCAUGCGUCCCGGUGAAAAAGUGGGUUGUACAUGGGACAUGUUCAAGGAUCUGGUCCGUGACACGUACUACCCUUCAUACUAUCGGGCAGAGAUGGAGCGCCAGUUCUUAGCGCUUCAACAGGGCACUCGUACUGUCGAUGAGUACGAGCGUGAGUUCACAAGACUUGCAGGUUUCGCACCGGAUCUUGUUCGCACGGAGGCCCAGAGAGCUCAGCG